AUGACGACCGUGCCCUCGCGGAGCGUCUUUAGGCCGUGCAUUGACCUGCAUGGCGGCGAGGUGAAGCAGAUUGUCGGCGGCACGCUACGCAAUGCGGCCAAGGGCACCGGGGACGACGAGGCGGCGCUCAAGACCAACUUUGUGGCGAAGCACCCCCCGUCGUACUAUGCCGAUCUCUACCGCACGCACCAGCUGCAGGGCGGCCAUGUGAUCAAGCUUGGCCCCGGGAAUGACGCCGCGGCCGAGGAGGCGCUCAAGGCGUGGCCAAAUGGCCUGCACCUCGGCGGCGGCAUCACGCUCGAAAAUGCCGCUGCGUGGAUCGAAAAAGGCGCCGAAAAGGUGAUUGUCACGUCCUAUCUCUUCCCCGACUGCCGCUUUGCGCUUGACCGCCUCGAGGCGCUCGAGCAGGCGGUCGGCAAGGAGCGACUCGUUGUCGACAUCUCGUGCCGCCGCCGCGGCGAUGAGUGGGUGGUCGCGAUGAACCGCUGGCAGGACCUCACCGACAUGGUCCUCUCCAAAGCGUCGCUCGACCUGGUCUCGGCGCACUGCAGCGAACUACUGAUCCAUGCGGCAGAUGUCGAGGGGCUGUGCCAAGGCAUCGACGAGGAGCUCGUCCAACGCCUCGGCGAAUGGGUGUCGAUCCCUACGACCUAUGCGGGCGGCGCACGCCACCUCGAGGACCUCCAGCUGGUCGACCGCCUGUCCCGCGGACGCGUCGACCUCACCUUUGGCAGCGCCCUGGACAUUUUCGGCGGCCAGGGCGUGACGCUCGCGGCGCUCUGCGCGUGGAACGGUUCAUAG